UCUUCCAUCUACGUCCAUACCUAGAUCAUGAUGGGCUCUAUCGCCGCCUUCGACGUCGUAGUCGCCACUCUAUUUCUCAUCGCUUUGUUUCUGCUCACGGCAUCCGUCUACCGUUUGUAUUUGCAUCCGCUUGCCAACGUCCCAGGCCCAAAACUCGCAGCUUUGACAUCAUUGCAUGAGCUAUGGUACGACUGCUUCCAGGGAGGGGGUGGGCAACACGCGUUCAAGAUGCGCGAGAUGCAUGAUAUUUACGGUCCGAUCAUUCGUAUCAACCCUUGGGAGGUCCACAUAGAUGGUCAAGCAGACCCAGCCUUCUGGUAUAUCCUGUACUCUCAAACGAACAAGCUAGAUAAGGAUGGUUGGUUCUAUAGCGGCUUUGGCUCGGGUCUUUCCAUGAUCGCCACUACUUCAAGUGAUCUACAUCGAGCGCGCCGCGGCGCAGUCUCCAGCUAUUUUUCCGCUGCCCACGUUCGCAAGUACGAACCUAUGGUUCUGGCGCACAUCUCCAAGCUCAUCGCUCGACUUGAAACGUGCAGCAGCAACGGCGAGGUGGUUGAUCUCGCAAACGCGUACCGGUGUCUGACUCUAGAUGUCGUCACCUCCUUCUCAGUGCCUGAACCCGGGAAGAUGCUCGAGCUGGACGACUUUGGGAAAGGAUUCAAUUCUUUGAUGCGUGAUUUCUCCAAGUUGAUUACUCUCCAAAGACAUAUGAAAGUGGUGAUUCCACUUUUGGAACUCAUUCCGGACUGGGUGGGAAACGCGAUGGACUCUUCUGGCUCCUUUCAACAGCUCGUAGAUUGGCGCAUGAGCUUCGUGAAGGCGGCCCAGCAGGCCAUUCAUCGAAAAGGCAUACCGCCACCGGGACAGGAUGCUUCCAUCCUUGACACGCUUUAUAGCGCACCUGAGCUGGGACAGAAGGACAAGGUCAUGAAAUACUUUGUGGAAGAGGCCACCAACAUUACUGGUGCAGGUACGGAAACCACAGCAUCGACCUUGGGGCUCCUCACGUACCAUGUCCUCGCCGAUCGGGACAUCCGCAACAAGCUUUUGGCAGAGCUAUCAGCCAUCGGAGGUGAUAACACUGAGCUCAUAGUGCUGCGCAAGCUCGAAAGACUGCCAUACUUGCAGGCCUGCAUCAAUGAAGCUCUUCGCCUUUCCAACCCCGUCACGGGACGUCUUCCACGAUUGAAUCCGCGCGCACCCACUACAUAUACGACACCCGAUGGCAAAACGACGUACACGCUUCCUCCCAAGACAGUCAUGUCCAUGUCCAUGCCUGAUCUCCACUUCAACGCCUCUAUCUUCCCCUCUCCGCACACAUUUAAUCCCUCUCGCUGGAUCGACAGCUCGCCCGAACACCUCAAAGAAAUGAACCGCUACUUUGUACCUUUCUCCAAGGGAAGUCGGUCGUGCUUGGGGAUCGACGUGGCGAAGAUGGAGUUGGUACUCACGGCUGGAAAUGUGUUUCAGAAGCUAGGAAAGAACAUGCGGCUGUGGGAAACGACGGAGAGAGAUGUGAGCUGGGCGUAUGAUUUUUUUGCGCCGUAUAUCCCGGUCGAUGCGAAGGGAUUGAGGGUGAAGAUUGGGUGUGGGCCUUAGAAAGGUCACGUGCCAUUGCCCCAUACAUGUGUAAAUCUCAAGAUCUUCAGCCGCAUCUCACCGCACUUUUCAGGCCUGUCAGCCAAUGCGCUGAGGUUUACCACUUUCAAAUUCGUUUGCAAGCAGCCCACAGUAGUCGCUACGAGUGCAAUUUAUUCAGGCUUGAUCAUUUACAGCCCCUCAUUGAGGCGUGGAGCUAUCAGCUAAGGUUGGACGGCUCGGGGAUAGCGGUCUGUUUGAUUUUCACUGCAAUCUUAGCGUGGACGAGCGGCGGCGACGAUGUAGCACAGCCACCGAGAGCAAUUAUGAUUCAUUCCACGCUAGUCUUGAAAUGGUCAAGUCGCAAAUGAAUCAUAUCUUGUGCACAGUCCGACCUGACAAAUGCCUAAGGGCCUA